AUGGGUAGUGACAGCGAUAACAACCGUCAAACGAGCGCAGUCGAAGGAGACACCAGUGCCACACCCACCCCAGCUAACGAUGUUGGCUCGCCAGCUGGACAAGGAUGGGGUGACAGGCUCUGGAAGGGUGGUAUGAAUGAGGGACCAGGACACGCAACUGCUCCCAACCCUAGAGCAACCAUGGGAGAGUUCCUUGGUUUAUAUGACCAGAAAUCGCGUGCUGAGCAGAAAUAUCUCCAUCGUGAAACUUUAGCCGAUCCCAAUGUCAGAGCUACGACCGAGCAAGGAGAGCCGACGUGCGUGACUGAAGAUCACAGUUUCAUGGGCCAUAAGGCCGGUGAUCCUGAUACUUUACCUGGAUGGAAUACAUUCAAGAAGUUUAUUGCCCCCUGA